AUGCAUGCAUCUGUGACAAAGAUAGUUCAUAAAGCCUUAACAUGUUUUGACUGUCAAAACAUUAGUCAUCCCCGAUUCUGUGAACAGGUUAGGAAAUGUAAGGAAAAUCAGAUUUGUGGUUUGGAACGUGAGGUUAAGUCAAAUGGUGACAUUCUAUUUAACGUUGGAUGUAUGACACCGGAGGUAUGCGACACCAGCAGUGUAGGCGUGGGUACAAAUCAGCCUUGUCUGAGUUGCUGUUCGACAGAUCUCUGCAACACCAAUGGAUGUGGGGAACAUGAUCAUACGAAGAAUGGAACUUUAUGUUACGCUUGUUCUGGUCAGCAGAGACCUGAAUCUUGCCAUACCGUAUCUUUUUGUGAAAGUUUUGAGAUGUGCUAUUUAGAAGAAAAGUCUUAUUUCGGAGAAAAGUUUUACAAUAGUGGAUGUAAAGUUAAGCAUAUUUGCGAUGCCGAGUAUAAUAAACCAAUCGUUGGACGCAGAUCCAUUAAACAAUCCAGGUCCACAUCACAGUUAUCAUGCUGCGAUAAAAAUCUGUGUAACGACAUUGACCGUCUACAUGGACAAGUCCAGUCAACUAUACAAACAACCAAUGUUCACAUCCCUAAUAGUUCUACAAGAACUACAACACUUUCUUCAGGACAGCCUUCAGAAUGUGCUGAUAUUGCAUCAGAUAGAGAUGGAGUUUACACUAUUAUUCCUAAAGGAAGUUCUCAGGAAAUCUCAGUGUUCUGUAUAAUGAGAGGAGGAAAUAAAUGGACGGUAAUACAAAGAAGGAUAAAUGGUAAAGAAGAUUUUUAUAGAACUUGGUCGGACUAUAAAUCUGGGUUUGGUACUGUUCAGACAGAAUAUUGGCUAGGAAAUGAUAAUGUACAUUUCAUUUCUGCUAAUGGUGACCAUAAUCUUAGUGUGUAUGUAGAAGACUUCAAUGGCCUCCACGCUUAUGCCAACUAUUCACACUUUGCAAUUGGUGAUGAGAGUACUAAGUAUCUUCUAGAUAUAAAUGGAUAUUUUGGUGAUGCAGGUGAUGGAUUAUCUGAUGGUAAUGCCAUGAAAUUUAGCACGAAAAAUUCAGAUAAUGAUAUUUCAUCCAGUCAUUGUGCUGUUGACAGGCAUGCUGGUUGGUGGUUCAGAAAUUGUGAUUAUGCCAAUUUAAAUGGGAAAUAUAAUGACACAAAUAGUGCUGGUAACUACUGGUAUCGAUGGAAGCAAAAUACAAAGCCACUAAAAAAGUCUAUCAUGAUGAUUAAAAGAAAAUAA